AUGCAGUUCACCGCUCUCUUCCUCUCCCUGGUCGCCGUCGCCAGCGCUGCUCCCACCGAGCUCGUCAGCCGCGACGCGACCACCUGCGGCACCGUCCACUACUCUGCCAGCCAGGUCGACUCGGCUUCCCAGGCUGCUUGCCAAUACGUCCAGAACGGCGGCACCGCCGGCAGCUCGACCUACCCCCACAAGUACAACAACUACGAGGGCUUCAACUUCCCCGUCAGCGGUCCCUACUACGAGUUCCCCAUCAAGUCUGGUGGUGCUUACACUGGCGGUUCCCCCGGUGCCGACCGUGUUGUCAUCAACAGCAACUGCGACGAGGCUGGUGUCAUCACCCACCGCGGCGCCAGCGGCAACAACUUUGUCGGUUGCUCAGGGAAAAAUACGACCAAGCCGGGAGAUGACACACUGUAUAUCAUCGAAUAG